CCUUCAGGAGCGCGGCGGUCUAGGCGGCGGCGGUUGCUGCGAGCGGAGCUGGAGCCGCUGCCUGAGGCGCAGGCGCCCUGGACUCAGCCCUUCCCGGACGGCGGCUUGCUGUGGGCUAGUUAUGGCGACCAACCAGAGGCCUUUCCACCUGGUGGUGGUCGGCGCCUCCGGCUUCACCGGCCAGUUCGUGACCGAGGAGGUUGCCCGGGAGCAGCUGGUCCCGGAUCGGGGUCCCCGCCUGCCCUGGGCCGUGGCGGGCCGCUCUCGGGAGAAGCUGCAACGCGUGCUGGAGAGGGCGGCCCUGAAGCUGGGAAGACCAACACUUACAUCUGAAGUUGGAAUAAUAAUUUGUGAUAUCACUAAUCCAGCCUCACUUGAUGAAAUGGCUCAACAGGCAACAGUUGUCCUCAACUGUGUGGGACCAUAUCGAUUUUAUGGAGAACCUAUAGUAAAAGCGUGUGUUGAAAAUGGAACUAGCUAUAUUGACAUCUGUGGAGAGCCUCAGUUUCUGGAACUAAUAUAUCGGAAGUAUCAUGAGAAAGCUGCAGAAAAAGGGGUUUAUGUUAUUGGAAGCAGUGGCUUUGACUCCAUUCCAGCAGAUCUGGGAGUAAUAUAUACCAGAAAUAAAAUGAAUGGUACUUUGACUGCUGUGGAAAGUUUCCUGACUAUACAUUCAGGACCUGGGGGAUUGUGCAUUCACGAUGGUACCUGGAAGUCAGCAGUUUAUGGUUUUGGAGAUAAGAGUCAUUUAAAAAAACUACGAAAUGAGUCAAAUCUGAAACCUGUCCCAACUGUUGGUCCAAAGUUGAAAAGAAGGUGGCCAAUCUCAUACUGCAGAGAGCUCAACGGGUACUCCAUCCCUUUCUUGGGAGCGGAUGUGUCUGUUGUGAAGCGCACUCAGCGUUACUUGUACGAAAAUUUAGAGCAAUCACCUGUCCAGUAUGCUGCUUAUGUAACUGUGGGAGGCAUCACUUCUGUCAUGAAGCUGAUGUUCGCAGGACUAUUUUUUUUAUUCUUUGUGAGGUUUGGCAUUGGAAGGCAACUUCUCGUAAAAUUCCCAUGGCUCUUCUCCUUUGGUUACUUUUCAAAACAGGGUCCAACACAAAAACAGAUUGAUGCCUCAUCAUUUACAAUGACCUUCUUUGGUCAAGGAUACAGUCAAGGCUUUGGUCCUGAUAAGAACAAACCAAAUAUCAGAAUUUGUACUCAGGUGAAAGGACCAGAAGCUGGCUAUGCGGCCACCUCCAUAGCGAUGGUCCAGGCGGCCAUGACCCUUCUGAACGACGCCUCUGAUCUUCCUAAGGCUGGCGGGGUCUUCACACCUGGAGCAGCCUUCUCCAGAACAAAGUUGAUUGACAGACUCAACCAACGUGGCAUUGAAUUUUGUGUCGUUAGCAGCUCUGAAGUCUAAACAUUUGAAGAAUUAACUGAAGUCAUAAAAUGCAUGAAUCAACAGCUUUUUUAUUUGCUAUUUGAAAUUCUUCUAUAAACCUGUCUGAUUAUAUGUGGGAAAGAUUGUCAAAACUAAAAAGUGUACACAUUAAAAGCAGGAAAUUGUACUAGCUUAACCCUAAAUUUCAAAUCUUUGCUGAUUUUGUAAUUUUAUUGCUUGUGAGAGAGAACUAAUAUUUGAUGUUUUCACUGAAGAAUUCAUGGUCAAUUUUCAUAAGCGAACUUGCAGAUCAGAGGGGAGGUGGGUGUAGGUCUGUGUCGCUAACGGGUUCCUUGGUGAGGCAUCCAGGUGAGGUGGGAGCCGCUCUUGCCCUGCAAUGCAGUUGAUGGGACUCUCACUUUCUCUGUGUACUGUGUGGGCCUUUGCCAAAUGAAAUAGCAUUUUUUGCCAUUUUAGCCUAGUUUUUUACCCAUCUACACUGACUGCUUUUGGACUGUUUACCUAAAUUGAAUAAUAAAGGAUUGUCAGAUGGUG